AUGCUCGUCCAAGCUCGGUCCGAGGAGGCCAACUUUGAAGAGGGCUGCCCUGACUGCAGACUGGCUACCGCACAAGGCGGAUGCUGCCCCUCUACUGGCUGCUGCGAGCCUCAAGAGACCUGUGACGCUGCCUGGUUCGCUCAGGGCUCCUCAAAACUCGAUGCAGUCCAUCCACUCGGCACUGGCCCGUCAGAUCAAGCCAUGCCUCCGUCAUGGUCGGGCAUCGAUUGGGGGCACGAAGAGACGCUCAAGGAGAUCCUCGACUGCUGCUGUUGCGCAGCAGCUGCUGAUCAUCCCACUCCGUCUACAUCCAACCUCGCCCAUCCUCGAGAGGGACUCCAGGAGCCCUUGCCCGGCUUGACGCGACUGUCGCCCAUCACACACGGCAGGAGCUCGCUCGCCUCGACCAGUCCGCCAGAGAGCGACGCCAGACCGGCCAGUCAGGACAGUCUCUACCGGUGGCUGUGCCACGAAGAGCCUUGUGAGGUGCCCCAUUCGCAUACUGCUGUCUGCCAUCCGCCUCAUCUGCCCUUUGUCUGCGAAUGGUCUCAUUGUCAUGCUGCCUUUACCCACAAGAAGGAGCUCGUCGCUCAUGUCAACGAGGCUCAUCUGUCGCACAUGCAAGACGCCAGUACACCAGAGGCUAUAGCCUGGCCGACGCCCUCUUCGCCCGACAAGACCUUUGUGCCGCUCCAGACGACGCAAUGGCCGACACAGAUACUGCCAACCUCGAAGCAGGAAAAUGUCAUCGAUACAAGGCGUGAUCCGACCCCGCUUGCGCAGCAUGUCCUGCCAACGGACGCAUUGCGAUGCCAGUGGGACGACUGCUACAUGCUUCCGGCUCCUCUUGCCUUUCCUGCCAGUGAUGCCGGCAUGCCUGUGCCUGGCAGCCUGACCCGUCAGGAGACAAUCAAGACAAGCUCGACUGCCACGCCGCCCGCAAGCAUUCUCAUGCAGCAUGUUCUGCACGAUCAUAUCGAGCAGGGACUGCCCUUCAGCGUGGCUGGCCAUCACACAUUGGCAAACGGCACCGCAACUCAUGCCGCCCAAGUGCCUGAGCAGCGCGGUAGCCCGGUCAACGAUCUCUCCAAGUUCAAGCUCGAUUUCGUGCCCUCGACCCCCAGUCUCGAUUCCGAUACGCGUUCCAUUUUUGGCAGUACUCCAGCCUCUUUUACGUCCGGCUCAAGCUUCCAGACACCUCUUACUACCCCGACAAGCUCUCAAGGCGGUCCCAAGCGCCGACGCAAUCCUCCCGUAACGGAAGAAACGAUGCUCCGUCGUCAUCUACAUGUCAAGCCAUGCUCUCAUAGGGGCAAGAGUCUACCUCACUGCGCUCAACACCAUGCUUUGGUCGAUAUAGCCGACCAGAAGGAUGGCGAAAUGGGCGAAGAGCAUCUCUGCAAAUGGCCAGGCUGUUCUGCCAAGUUCUCGACUACCGCCAAACUCAUGGCUCAUCUCGGCGAGGAGCAUGUCGGGUGUGGCAAGUCGACUUACUCCUGUCAGUGGGAGGGCUGUACGCGAGCAAAGGAAGGCAAGCCGUUCGCUCAGAGACAGAAGAUCAUGCGACAUCUCCAAGCCCACGUGAAGGACCGUCCUUUCAAGUGUGACAUUUGCUCGGGCUCAUACUCGGAAGCGACCGCGCUCGCUCAACAUCGGAAGAUACAUUUCAAGCAUGUGCAAGAACAGCAAGAACAGUCAUCGCCCCAGGCUCGUCUGCAAGCUGUCGUAUAG